AUGGGGGAUGAAUAUAGAGACGAUUACGGGAACUAUGUUGUGAACAACUAUAACAGAAAUCGGGAGCUUGCAGCUAAAGUCGCGGCUGAGCAGACUGCACAACCAUGCAGCCCAUCAUCCAAACAAUGGUCAGCGUCGGCGCAUACACGGACACCGAUGUACCCGCAGCGAAUGGUUUAUAUGCCGGUCCCUGGGUCGAAAAAUCAAACGGGGAUGCAGUACCGCCCUGGAAUGCAGAAGCGGAACCAAGGAUGGCCAUCACUAAGAGAUGAGCCAGAUUACCUGAGUCUGGACUCUGACAGUGACUCGUCCAGCUGCUCCGGUAGCAGCAGCAGCACUUGCCACUGCAGUAGUUGUGGUGGAACCAUAAACGAUUACUCCAGCACCUCGUCUUCGGGAUGUUGUAGCUCAAGUUACGAUUACACCGACGCUCGCCAACGCUCAAAGGCAAGAAGCUCGAAAAAGCAGAAUGAUAAAUCAAGGAGUCGAGGCCGAAGAGAGAAAUGCGAUUGCGAUUCCUCCGUAUUUUCGGCCCCGUCGUUGUCAUCAUCAACUUGCUAUGAAAGGUCAUCGAAAGGAAAGUCAAGAAAUCGUUGCUCCGUAUGCCAUAGACCGGUAGACAAUAUUCGAGAAAAGAAGGUACUCGCAGCUCAAAGCCUGGGCCGGUACCAUCGAUGCAAAACACCUCGUGCACAAAUGCCAUCGUACAUAAAUGGCCGAUUUCGUGGAGUGAACACUGAAAUUCAACCUGGGCCACCUGGAAGCACAUUUGUCGCUCCGCCCGACCAUGCGAUUUACGAGCGUAAGCUGAAAACAUUCAGUCAUUUUCAAGUUCUGGAAUAA